ACGUGCGCUAAAACUCUACUGAGCCAUACCUAUAUGGGAGCUUUCAAAUGUAUGGCUGAUGGUAACAAUGAUCGCGUUGGUUUUGUAAAGGAAACGACAGCUCGCGACUUUUUUAAGAAAUAUUCUAAUUAUGGAGUACUUGGAGACUAUAAACUCCUUUGCCCAGAUGGAACUACAGCUGGUUUGAAUAAUUACAAAAACUGUUACAUCGGAACAAGACCAGCCCACGCCAUUGUCACAGGCAAAUCAACAUCCUCUGCAAUGAUUACACAACUUCAAACCAUGUUGGAGCGCUGAACUCAAUAAGUUAAGGGCAGCUGGAAUAGUACACAAAGAUAUCGAAAGAUUGGUGAGGUAUACUGGUGAAUCUGUCAAAGAUUAUGUUGGAUCGUACGGAAAUUAUUACAAUGGUCUUAGUGGACGUACAGCUUUCUUUACUGCCUGUGUCAGCGACGUAUCUGCCUGUAGAAAUGCAGGAUUGACAAAUGUGACGUGCGUAGGAGCAACAUCUGGUUCAACUUGCGCGAAAGACGUUACAGAAGGUCGCGCCCACAUGACUUUGGCGUCAGCGGAUUCGAUGGUUCAAAAUGCUGAGAAUCUCCAAAUUGUGUACGGACAAAAUAUCACUGGGGUUGACAGGAAUUUUAUUCAAUACUACGGUUUGGCUGUCGUGGAGAAAAAUACAACUUUCAAUUUCAAGUCUCUGGAGAGUCAAAAUCCUGCCAUACUGGUGUAGGAAAAACUGUCGGUUGGAAAAUUCCGAUUGGUUACAUGCUCUUUCAUAAAAUAAUGACGUACACAGACAACCAGUAUAAAUCUGCUUCGGAUUUCUUUGGUCAAAGUUGUGCUCCUGGUAUUAAAGCUAUCACGGAUGUAAGCGAGGCAGUGAAGACAGAUCUCUGCUCAUUGUGUAGCGGUACAUGCGCAAAAGAUUCAUCGGAGCCAUACUAUGGUUAUAUGGGAGCUUUCAAAUGUAUGGCUGAUGGUAACAAUGAUCGCGUUGGUUUUGUAAAGGAAACGACAGCUAGCGACUUUUUAAAGAAAUAUUCCAAUUAUGGAGUACUUGGAGACUAUAAACUACUUUGCCCAGAUGGAACUACAGCUGCUUUAACUGAAUUCGAAGAAUGCCACAUCGGAACAAGACCAGCUUUCGCCAUUGUUACUGGUAAAUCAACAACCUCGACUACGAUAACGCAAAUCCAAAGCAUGUUGGAAGGAGCUGAUCUCAAUAAAUUAAAGGCAGCUGGAAUAGUAAGCAAAGAUGCAGAGUCGUUGGCCAAGUAUACUGGUGGAUCUGUUGAAGAUUACGUUGGAUCAUAUAGAAAUUAUUACAAUAGUCUUACUCGAGCUCAAAAAGCAAACGCAGCGCCAUCUUUGAUGCUGUCAUUUGCUUUGCAAAUCACCGCCAUUUUGGUUUUCUGGCUCGUGGCUUAAAUCACGCAGCUACUAGUCUACAAUUCAGUGUUCUUAUGAAGUAACCUGAACAUUAAUUUAUCAUUGUUCAAAAAAUACAAAAAACAAAACCUACUUAAUUCAUACGCCAUAAAAUAUAUGUUGUAGGAAAUAUAUUUUAAGUUUAAAAAACAUCGUAAUCCAUUAUACACCAAAGUAUAAGAGCUCUAUGCAUUAUCUUAUUGUAUGCAAUUUCUUAUAACAAUACGCUUGAACUAAUCUUUAAUUAUAUUUAACUAUUUUAA